AGGAGUGGCGAGAGAAGUUGCGGAGUCCAUCUGCAUCCUGGCAAGAACUUGGAGGACUGGCAAGAGGGGUGUCUUUGCUUUGGGGGCUGGAAGUUCUGAAAAAGAUAGGGAAGGAGGGCAGGUCUGGAGGAGUGCCGCUUGUCCUGGAGAACCACCGUCUCAGCAGAAAUGGCUUUAUGAACCGAACGUGUAACUGGAACAUUUUAGUGGAUAAACCAAAUGAUCAGUCUUCCAGAUGGUCUUCAGAGAGCAACUAUCCCCCCCAGUACUUGAUUCUGAAGCUUGAAAGGCCUGCUAUAGUUCAGAAUAUUACAUUUGGAAAAUAUGAGAAAACUCAUGUCUGCAAUUUGAAGAAAUUCAAAGUUUUUGGUGGAAUGAAUGAAGAAAAUAUGACAGAGCUGUUGUCCAGCGGCUUGAAGAAUGAUUAUAACAAAGAGACAUUUACCUUGAAACAUAAAAUUGAUGAACAGAUGUUCCCUUGUCGAUUCAUUAAAAUUGUUCCACUUUUGUCCUGGGGGCCCAGCUUUAAUUUUAGCAUCUGGUAUGUUGAACUCAGUGGUAUUGAUGAUCCUGAUAUAGUGCAACCCUGUCUGAACUGGUACAGCAAGUACCGCGAACAGGAAGCCAUUCGCCUUUGCCUAAAACACUUCAGACAACACAACUAUACAGAGGCUUUUGAAUCCCUGCAGAAGAAAACCAAGAUUGCACUGGAGCAUCCAAUGUUGACGGAUAUGCACGACAAAUUGGUGUUAAAGGGUGACUUUGAUGCUUGCGAGGAGUUGAUUGAAAAAGCGGUAAAUGACGGCUUGUUCAAUCAGUAUAUCAGUCAACAGGAGUAUAAGCCACGGUGGAGUCAGAUUAUUCCUAAGAGCACCAAAGGUGAUGGAGAAGAUAACCGUCCAGGAAUGAGAGGGGGCCAUCAGAUGGUCAUUGAUGUUCAGACAGAGACUGUUUAUUUGUUUGGUGGCUGGGAUGGAACACAAGAUCUUGCUGACUUCUGGGCAUACAGUGUGAAGGAGAACCAGUGGACAUGUAUUUCUAGAGACACUGAGAAAGAGAAUGGUCCUAGUGCCAGAUCAUGUCAUAAAAUGUGCAUUGACAUUCAGCGGAGACAAAUCUACACAUUGGGCCGUUACUUGGAUUCCUCUGUGAGGAACAGCAAAUCUCUGAAAAGUGAUUUCUACCGUUACGACAUUGACACCAACACCUGGAUGUUACUAAGUGAAGACACUGCUGCCGACGGUGGACCAAAAUUGGUGUUUGAUCAUCAGAUGUGUAUGGACUCAGAAAAGCAUAUGAUCUAUACCUUUGGUGGUAGGAUUUUGACAUGUAAUGGCAGUGUAGAUGACAGCAGAGCCAGCGAACCACAAUUCAGUGGGCUGUUUGCAUUCAACUGCCAGUGUCAAACCUGGAAACUUCUUCGAGAGGACUCCUGUAAUGCAGGCCCUGAGGACAUCCAGUCUCGGAUUGGACACUGCAUGCUGUUCCACUCGAAAAACCGUUGUUUAUAUGUGUUUGGUGGCCAGAGGUCUAAGACCUAUUUGAAUGAUUUUUUUAGUUAUGAUGUGGACUCUGAUCAUGUAGACAUAAUUUCAGAUGGCACCAAGAAAGACUCUGGAAUGGUUCCAAUGACCGGAUUCACACAGAGAGCAACUAUUGAUCCAGAACUGAAUGAAAUACAUGUUUUAUCCGGACUUAGCAAAGACAAAGAAAAGAGGGAAGAGAAUGUCAGAAAUUCAUUCUGGAUUUAUGACAUUGUGAGGAAUAGCUGGUCUUGUGUCUAUAAGAAUGAUCAAGCUGCAAAAGAGAAUCUGAGUAAAAGUCUUCAGGAAGAAGAACCAUGUCCAAGGUUUGCCCAUCAGCUCGUUUAUGAUGAAUUACACAAGGUUCAUUAUUUAUUUGGUGGGAAUCCAGGAAAGUCUUGCUCUCCAAAGAUGAGACUAGAUGACUUCUGGUCGCUGAAGUUGUGCAGACCUUCGAAGGACUACUUACUGAGGCAUUGCAAGUACCUCAUCAGGAAGCACAGGUUUGAAGAAAAGGCCCAGAUGGAUCCCCUUAGUGCUCUGAAGUAUUUACAGAAUGAUCUUUAUAUAACUGUGGAUCAUUCGGACCCAGAAGAGACAAAAGAGUUUCAACUCCUAGCCUCAGCCCUGUUCAAAUCUGGCUCAGAUUUCACAGCUCUAGGCUUUUCAGACGUGGAUCACACCUAUGCUCAGAGAACUCAGCUCUUUGACACCUUAGUGAAUUUCUUUCCUGACAGCAUGACUCCUCCUAAGGGCAACCUGGUAGACCUCAUCACACUGUAACUGGGCGUGGAUUGAGAAUUACUGGGCUCAGAAGUGGAGACAGGAACCGGAGGUGGCUGUUUGUGUGGGCAGAGGUGACGUUGCAGUGACUGAGGACUGAGGACUGCAUCCGAGUUUUGAAGGAUCCUUAUUGUCACAAGUUUUAACCCUCUUCCUUCAUACCUGACCUCAAUCCCCUUUUCCUUAUAUUCCUGCAUUAGGCUAAUAAAGUGAAAUUGAUAUACUUCCCAUUUAAUUAUGUAUAUUUUUCUUUAGCUUUUAAGAAUUAACAAAUAUUAAUGAAAAUUAGGCAUUUUUUUUCUGGUUUCCAAGUUUUCAGAAUUUAUUUUUAGUUAGGAGAACAGCACUGUUGAUAGUCUUAGUGCUGUAGGAAUUUGGGGAUUUGCUGUUGAGUGUUUGGCCUUUGUUUCCUGUUUCUUCUCUUCCCCUUUCACUUUCCCUCACAUCACAGCUGGUGUGAGCGCUGUCUCUGGUUUACUCCCUCAUCCUUAACAGACAUGAGGCUCUGUGGGACACGGGUGGUAUAUGUUUAGGUGAUGUGUGCUUAUUGACUUCUUGUAUUAAAAUAAAGUGGUUAGAGGGCUUGAAUUUACACUCUUUCCCAUACCACCAAAAGCUCAAGAUUGGCCCAGACACCUGAUCAGAAAUUGAUAUUUUUGUAUUGGUAUUCUGUAGUGGACAUUACAGUAGCCAUUGGCAUAGAAUCACAGAAAACUGAAACCAAGGCUCUUAUCCAGAGAAGACCAGCAGCAAAGGCCCUGUCCUGACCUCUGUUUCAGUGGUGUCUUUGCAGGGACCCUCAUUUAAAAGGAAAUGACUCUCUGCUGGUAGAGUGAUGGAGAACCCACGCUCUCACUCUCCUUUGAGUUACCUUUUUGUCGUCGUUUUAUCUGGGAAGAUAGGUUCCAGAGCUACCAUAUGUAGCCCUACUAUUUUGAAGAGUAGCAGUGUGUGGUUGUUUUUGGCAUACAGCUUACAGGCAUUUUAGUAAUAAGCACAUGGGCCAGACUUUUUUUUUUUUUUUUUUUCGGAGCUGGGGACCGAACCCAGGGCCUAGCAAGCGCUCUACCACUAAGCUAAAUCCCCAACCCCUUGGGUCAGACUUUUUUAAAUGAAUAAAAAGAAAAGUACAUAAUACAAGAGUUUUUCAUUAGACAGUUUGCCAUUUUCAUUGUUCUCGUUCUGUACAUACAGGAACAGGGGCAUACCCUCAUCUCAGAUGCUGUGGAAUGAAUGUAUCAUAGGAAACCCACCUCUGGCUAGCUAGCAUUCACAUUUGCUCAAAAGCGUGCCAUAUGCAGCUAGUACCACUGUGUUGAAAACAGGAUCUGUCCUACCGACAUGCCAGCUAGUAGGUGUGUGUGACUGAAAUUCCAGAAGUGUCAUGUGUAGGAAGGAGACUUUGAUGCAUCCUUCCCUCUGUAUUUACUUCAUGGCUUUACUUUUGCAGGUGAAUGGGAAUAUAUUUUUGCCAGUUGUAGGCUUUUUAGCUUUACAAGCAUCUCAAAGCAAUCAGUAGUGACUUAAUAAACACAUGUAUCAAUACCCUACCCUGUGAAAAGUAUGUAUGCAGUGUCAGUUAGGAGGUACCACAUUGUAUAAAAUGCAGAAUAAUCCCUUACCUGUACAUUUGAGCAAAUCCAUUCUCUCCAAAGACUUUACAGCUUCUAAAGUGAUUCUUCUAAGUAACAGCCAAGAGCAAGAACAAAAACUGUGUAGCUAAUAGUGUAGCCUGGUGGGUCUCAUUUCAAGAAGACAGGUGCAAAUCAGUAGUUGACCAAAAAUGUUUUUUCUUUUUUGAACUGGAAAUUGCCAGUGUAGAGAGCUGUGGCUGAGCGCUGUGAGCUUGGGCACCUUGACCGUACAGCCAGAUGGGGUUCUGCUGCCUGAAGCUUCUGUCUGUACCUGAUUAACCCCCCCACCCCAAGUUUUCUUAUCAAUUCCUCUGAUUCUAUUAUUUGGGUGGAAUUCAUUUCUUAACCUUGGUGGCUACCCCCUCCCCCUUUUCUCUGUUUUUAUUCCAUCCUCCCUCACUUUUAUUUAGUUUAGAAUUUUUUACUUUUUACUACUAUGUUUAAAUGAGUGAAUCCUAGGAAACCACUCGGAGCUGCCUGAGUGAAGAUGCUUUCAGUAGUGAGGAGGUGAAUGGCACGACUGACUCAAGCAAGUCAGGCUGCGCCUUGGGGAUUCAGCGGGGCACUCCAGGGCUAACUUAGGAAGCGUAGCGCUCACACAUCCAGGACCAAGCUGGCCAUGCUGCUCACCACGUCCCACAUGACACCUCUCACUGAGAGCUUGUAUAGAUGUUUAUAAGGAGUAACAGCAGAAUAUUAUAAUUUAAACUGUAAACAUUAGUAUUUAAGGAACUAAAUAUAUGUGCUUUACUAAAAAUUUCUUUUGCAUUCUAGCUUAUCCCCAAUUAAAACACUAGCUGUAGAUAUAUUAAUUGGUGGAGAACCUCUGGCUUCAGCCUCCCCUCCAGCUCCUGUUUUUGUAGCAGGAUAUAUGGCUUUUGUUCCACCAGAAAGAAGCUACUGAUGCCUGAUGCUGCUUUCACCCUUGUGUUCUGUAAGAAUCUGGAUUGCAAGUCACUUCACAAAUGCAUUUACAUUUCACUUAUGAAAUAGCAUGAGACCUUACGGGGCCAGUUUCUUUGAUUCAGAGGUAUGUCACAUUUUUAGACACAAAGUAAUUUAGAAUUGGAUUCCCACCUCUGUGUUAAAGGUGACCAACAACCUUAACCUCCGUCAAAGUCACCUUUUUUUGAUUUGGUUUCCAUCUCUACAAAACCUGACCUUUCUGUGUCCGAGGAGUAAAAACUGAUAGAAAACAUUGGAAAGUUCGGUCAGUGGUUUGUUGUAGUACAGUGUGUCAGAUUUAACGCCCAGUGCUUUGUUUGUUUAUAAAACUAUAUUGAGUAAAUAUGUAUUCUGUGUGUAAAUGUUGGCAGCCUGCCAUUCCGCUGGCUCUCCACAUCUGCCUUAAAGUGCCAUAUAAAAUACACAGUAACAGUUUCACGUAACAGAACAGCCUUAAAGGCAGUCUGUAGAUAAAAGGAAGUUGAGGACUGAGUCUCUACUGAGAGACUGGGAUUGUCGCUUAAUAAGUCAAAAGCACUUAAUGCUCCUGAUUGCUAUUCUCCGAGUUAUAUUAAGUCGUAUGGUAAUUAUAUUAAGAGUUACCUUGUCAUUAUUUCCUGUGAAACAAUGGGAAACCCUUUGAUGACUGUCAUGUGACAGCUGGGUUCUGCUAUGAAGUGACUUUGGGGGCGGAAGUCAUAAUAGUGUGCACUUUAGGCGAAGCCACAGACCCCUUUAAAGAUGCCCUUCCUACACUUGCUUCCUUAAAAAUCCCUGUUCAUCUACAGUCUCAUCUCUCUGCAGAAAUUUUGACCUGAAUUGUCACCAAGUUUUAAUUAGUCUAUGGUUUAGGAUGUACAGGCUAUACAAGAAAAAAAAUUAAAGUUGUUGGAGGUAUGUCAAAGAGGUCUGUAUAUGACAAUAUUUACAGAUUAAGAUGUUGGGCUCUUUAAUGCAGUUUUUGUUUUCUGUAUUAGGCAAAUAAUACUAAUUUUUAUAUGUGGAUUUUGACUGUGGGGGUUUGUCUCUAUAAUUUGUCUUAAUGUUGAAAUGACUUGACUAUCCAAAGCUUCUAGUAUAUGUCAGGUAUGUGUGUAUGUCUAUAUAAUAUAUAUUAUAUAUUCUCUCUAUAUAGAUGUAUCAGUUGAAGGUCAGAGUUCCCACUUGUGUUGAUAUUCUGUGGAACUGACCAGUACAGCUGAGUGACAUGAAUAGUUUGCUUGUUUACGGGGGAGGGUUAUUACAGUCAAUUGUUCUCUUCACCAAAUGAGCUUCUUGUUUUCUUAUUAAAUGCUAUCUCAGAUUUUAUUUUUAGAUGAUUUUUCAACCUUAAAUUCAUUCUAUUCACCAAUUACUGUGAAUUGUGUUUCUAUUUAUUUUCCUUGGCUAAUUUAACUUUAUUCAUUACUUUCUAAAUUUUUCUAUGGCAAUGUUUAGAACUAUUGUAUUGCUUUAAAAAAAGUCAAAUCAUUGUAAAUCAUAUAUGCUUCUGUUUAUGAUAAGAGAAUAAUGAGAUUAAAAAGUGUAUAUUGGUAAAGAAGUAAUAACAUUUAGAUAUUGCUA